AUGGCGGUUUCAAUCAUCGUAUACGUACGUCUGGACCAAUGGCCGUACACCUAUGUCACAAGAUGGAAGAUGAUUGGUGAGGGACCUCAACUGGAGACUGUCCUGAGAGAGCAGAAUGGCUGCUGGGCUCUGGAAGUGUCUGCAUCUCUAUUGGCUGCUCUCCACCCUGCUGCUCCUACACUCCUCAGAAGUGUGUAUGAAUGGGUUAUUUUAUUGCUGAUUACUGUCAACUCUCUCUGUCUCUCUCUGGUAGCCUUCAGUCGGGCGGCUCUGCCCUUUGGCCUGGUCAGGCGUGAGUUGUCCUGUGAGGGCUAUCCCAUCGACCUGCGCUGCCCGGGGAGUGAUGUAAUCAUGAUUGAGACGGCCAACUACGGACGGACGGACGAUAAGAUCUGUGACGCUGACCCUUUCCAGAUGGAGAAUACCAACUGCUACCUCCCUGAUGCCUACAAAAUCAUAUCUCAAAGGUGCAACAAUCGGACGCAGUGCGUGGUUGUAACCGGAUCAGAUGUCUUUCCCGAUCCCUGUCCUGGGACUUACAAGUACCUGGAGGUCCAGUAUGAGUGUGUGCCCUACAAAGUGGAGCAAAAAGUAUUCAUUUGUCCUGGGACUCUGAAAGCGGUCGGUGAGCCGUCCUUCAUCUUUGAGGCAGAGCAACAGGCAGGAGCCUGGUGUAAAGACCCGCUGCAGGCAGGAGAGAAGAUCUACUUUAUGCCCUGGACUCCGUAUCGCACAGACACCCUCAUCGAGUACACUUCCCUUGACGACUUCCGCAACGGUCGACAGACCACCACAUACAAGCUCCCUCACCGGGUCGACGGUACUGGCUUUGUGGCUUAUGAUGGCGCUAUGUUCUUCAACAAGGAACGUACGCGUAACAUCGUCAAGUUCGAUCUACGUACCCGGAUCAAGAGCGGCGAGGCGAUCGUUGCCAACGCCAACUACCACGAUACCUCGCCGUACCGUUGGGGCGGGAAGACAGACAUCGACCUGGCGGUGGACGAAAGGGGUCUGUGGGUUAUCUACGCCACGGAGCAGAACAACGGCCGUAUUGUCCUCAGCCAGCUGAACCCGUACACGCUGCGUUUCGAGGCCACUUGGGAGACGGCCUAUGACAAACGCUCUGCAUCUAACGCCUUCAUGGUGUGUGGCGUACUCCAUGUUGUACGCACCACCUAUGAAGAAAAUGAAAGCGAGGCCAGCAAGAGCCACAUCGACUACGUGUACAACACCAAGUUCAGCCAGGGAGAGUACACUGACAUCCUCUUUCCCAAUCCGUACCAGUAUGUCACUGCCGUGGACUACAACCCCAGGGACAACCAGCUGUACGUGUGGAAUAAUUUUUACAUCCUCCGAUAUGAUCUGGAGUUUGGGCCUCCCGACCCUGAUCAAGUGUCCACUGUUUCAGAGGAGCCCACACCAACAGUGCUUCUGAAAACCACCCCAACCAUUACCACUACCUCCACCACCGCUACCCAGAGAACACCGCUAAGCAUCACGGGAACAGCCGACCCAAGGCAAGGCAGAGGGGGCUUUGAUUCACCUGCAGACUGGCCGGGCACUGCCAUCCCAACCACGGGCAGCAUGCCCCCCUCUUCACGACGUUUCUGCGAAGCAGCAGAGCGGAGGGGCAUAUCCUGGCCCCAAACACAUCGAGGAAUGACAGUGGAAAGGCCCUGUCCCAAAGGAACCAGAGGCAUUGCUUCCUAUUUGUGUAUGGCUAUGAGUGGAACAUGGAAUCCCAAAGGGCCGGAUCUGAGUAACUGCACAUCCCACUGGGUCAUGCAGGUGGCACAGAAGAUACGGAGUGGAGAGAAUGCUGCGAAUCUGGCCAAUGAACUGGCUCGGCACACCCAGGGCCCGGUGUUUGCUGGUGAUGUGAGCUCGUCCGUGCGACUCAUGGAGCAACUGGUGGAUAUUCUGGAUGCUCAGCUCCAGGAGCUGCGGCCCAGUGAGAAAGAUUCAGCCGGACGGAGCUUUAACAAGCUUCAAAAAAGAGAAAAGACCUGCAGGGCCUAUAUGAAGGCCAUUGUGGACACAGUUGACAACCUCCUGAGGCCGGAAGCCCUGAAAUCCUGGCAGGACAUGAAUUCUACGGAGCAAACGCACGCCGCCACCAUGUUACUGGAUACCCUGGAGGAAGGAGCCUUUGUCCUGGCAGACAACCUGAUUGAACCGGCUGUUGUCAAAGUCCCUGCUGAGAACAUCAUGUUGGACGUGUAUGUGCUGAGCACAGACGGUCAGGUACAGGACUUCAGGUUUCCACAGAGCAGCAAAGGAGGAGCCACCAUUCAGCUCUCUGCAAACACAGUCAAACUGAACAGUAAAAAUGGUGUUGCCAAACUGGUCUUUGUCCUGUACAAGCACUUGGGCCAGUUCCUGAGCACGGAGAAUGCCACAUUGAGACUGAUGAGUGACGGAGUCCUGAGAAACCACACGCUCACCAUCAACUCCCACAUACUGUCUGCCUCCAUCAACAAAGAGUCCAGCCGAGUCUUUGUGUCCGAACCUGUUAUCUUCACUCUGGAGCACCUUGACACGGAGAACUACUUCAACCCAAACUGCUCCUUCUGGAAUUACUCGGAGCGGAGCAUGAUGGGCCAGUGGUCCACCCAGGGCUGUAAGCUUUUGGGAACCAACAAAACUCACACGACCUGUUCCUGCAGUCACCUUACCAACUUUGCCAUUCUCAUGGCACACCGCGGGCAUGUGAGUGAAGGGAGCACUCACGAGUUGCUGCUGAUGGUGAUUACCCGUAUGGGUAUAGCAGUGUCUCUGGUCUGCCUGGCCAUAUGCAUCUUCACCUUCUGCUUCUUCCGCGGUCUGCAGAGUGACCGCAACACCAUCCACAAAAACCUCUGCAUCAACCUCUUCAUUGCAGAACUCCUCUUCCUUGUGGGAAUCAACAUGACAGAACCUCAGAUUGUGUGCUCGGUUAUAGCUGGAGUUUUGCAUUUCUUCUUCCUGGCGGCGUUUGCAUGGAUGUGUCUGGAGGGGGUACAGCUCUACCUCAUGCUAGUGGAGGUCUUUGAAAGUGAGUUCUCCCGGCGGAAGUACUAUUAUAUAUCUGGUUACCUCUUCCCAGCUCUGGUGGUUGGGAUUUCUGCAGCCAUCGACUACAGGAGCUAUGGGACCAAGCAAGCCUGCUGGCUGAGGGUUGAUAACCACUUCAUCUGGAGUUUCAUUGGACCAGUCACCUUAAUUAUACUGCUCAAUCUCGUCUUCCUGGUGGUGACCCUGUACAAGAUGGUGAAACACUCCACCUCCAUGAAACCUGACUCCAGCAGGUUGGAAAGCAUCAGGUCCUGGGUUCUGGGGGCUUUUGCAUUGCUCUGUUUGCUAGGCCUCACGUGGUCCUUCGGUUUGUUCUUUUUAAAUGAGUCUUCCAUAGUCAUGGCCUACCUCUUCACCAUCUUCAACACCUUACAAGGAAUGUUUAUCUUCAUCUUCCAUUGUCUUCUUCAGAAGAAGGUUCGUAAAGAGUACAGUAAAUGUUUACGUCAGUCUCGGUGUUGCGGUGGUCUUCCGUCCGAGGGGGCACAUAGCAUGGGCAAAACGUCUGCUUCACGCUCUACGGCCCGCUAUUCCUCCGCCACGCAGAGUCGUAUCAGAAGAAUGUGGAACGACACUGUGAGGAAACAGUCGGAAUCUUCCUUCAUCUCAGGAGACAUCAACAGCACGUCAACGCUCAAUCAAGGGAUGACAGGCAACUAUCUCCUAACUAACCCCCUUCUUCGACCCCACGACACUAACGACCCAUAUAACAACCUGCUUGCCGAAACCAUCGUCUGCAACACGAACUCUCCUCCAGCAUUUCACUCACCAGGCCAACACUCUCUAACCACCAGCCGGGAUGUCAGUGCCAUGGACACCCUCCCUCUCAAUGGUAACCUCAACAACAGCUACCUGCUUCGCCCUGACGACUACGAGGACCCUGCCCUGAGCUGUCCCACAGAGUGUGGCCUGGGCCUGGAUGAGGCCGCCUUUGAGAAGAUGAUCAUCUCAGAGAUGGUCCACAAUAACCUGCGGCCCCGUGGCGUGCCCAGGGGCCACACCAACGCCCAAAAGGAGCGUGAGGAUGAGUGUGGGCGGGACAGGACGCUGGUCCAGACUCGUGUCAGUGUUGACGGUGGCAUGGGCGGAAGCAGCAGUGCGAGUGAGGACGAUGCUAUCGUGGCAGAUGAUGUGGAGGACUCCGCCCUGCCUCCAGCUAGCACCAUUCACCCGGCGUUGGAGCUGCUCCUGCAUCAACAGCGGCGGGAGGCUCUGGACGCUCCUCUGCUGCCCCUGCGGACUCACUCACUGCUCUACAGCGCCCAGCGUGGCCCACACAGACUGGCCAGGCCGCAGGCGGAGGAGGAGGAGCAGGGUGAGGAAGAGGAGGGACAGAGGGUGGCAGGAGACAAUUGCAUACAGUCUCCCAGUAACAGGGACUCUCUGUAUACGAGCAUGCCUAACCUGAGAGACUCGUCGUCAGACUCUCCAUACCCAGCUCAUGGAGAGGACGAACCGUCGCCGUCGUCCUCCACGCGCAGCGGGGCUGAGGAGCUGUGCCAUAAGAGCAUGCCGGACCUGGGUGAUGGCCCAACCCCGCUCUCCUACUACCACAUCAGUCGCCAUGGCAGCAGUGAGGGCUACGUCGGCACAGGAGUCCCCGAAGCCUGUGGUCCUGCCGAGGGAGAACCUCACAAAGAUGGACAAAUGCAACUCAUCACUAGCCUCUGA